ACGAAAUUGAACAACAUAAAUUUUAGAAAUAACACACAGAAAGCCAUGGAGAUGAAAAAUCAAGGCCAAAUUAGAACAACUAUUCCCUUCAAGUACAAUUCAAAGUACAAGCCAGCACAAACUAUAGGGCAUUAUUUAACAUAGUGAUGUAGUCUGAAUCGUGUCUGUGACACGUAUCUAGUGGAAUAAUUAUAAAUAAGAAAUCUCCGUGCUCCAGUUGCUGCAUUUCGUUGUAUAGAAUCAUGGGUAGCAGUUGCUCAACGGGGUCAGGAAGCAAAGAUAGCAUAAAACCACACUCGCCUUCCAAACAGAGUAAGAACACCAGUACGCCGUCUAACAGCCCUACAUCCCACAAUAAUGUUGUCGUGGAUGUCAAGAAGACAGCAACCAGUACGUUUGCAACUAGUAUGAUCAGUGGCCCUGAUAUUGGGGACACGGGAGAACUGCCUCAGCUUCAGCUUGAUCUGCCUAAACAUCUAUUUGCACCUGUUGAGACAGACAACAAGACUGAUGAAAGAGAGGAGAGAAAGAAUCCACCAGUCCUAGCACAUCUCAAAUCUGUGCCUACAGAUGAGCAGAAACUUCUCUUUGGAUUCACAAAUAUAAAGGCGGACCUGAAGCCUAAACUUGUGAAGAUUUACCAUGCGGCAUGUUACUCUGAUUCUCGACUAGAGCGUAAUGCAUUGUAUGAAAAAGUCUACCCAGAACUGAGGCGCCAGUGUGCCGAGAAAGGAUUUGACCUUGAAGUUGUUGACCUUCACAUGGGGACUGCAGAGUUCUCUGAUGGGCACACUUUCAAAGAUGUUUGUUUAUCACAGAUUGAUGACACAUCCUCUAAGUCUGUUGCUUCAGGAAUAGUGUUGUUUCUCAAUGAGAAAAGUGGUGUUCAGGCCCCAAGACAAGUUCCAGCCAGUGAUUUUGAGGAAAUCAUAGGAACACUUGAGAGCCAGGAAGAUAAAGAUCUGUUAAACCAGUGGUACACUAAAGAUGAAAAUACCAAAGAUUCCCUGUACAUACUCGCCAAAAUCAGCUCACAUAUAAACAAUUUUAGUGAAUAUAAUUUAGACACUAUACAACAAUGGAGUGAAAUUAAUGAAAAGAUUGUGGAUAUUUUCCAGUCGAAGUUGAGUAAAGUGAAACAAAAAAUGCAUUUAACCUCAGCUUUGGAUGAAGAGGUCCAGCACUGUAUAUUCAGCUUUGAUGCCAAACCAGAACAAGUGAUCUGCUUCAACCGUGUAUUUGAUGACUUCAUACCUGACAUCGCUGACCCUGCCACCAAAGAUUACAUUGAUGUCACAUGUAACCAAGAGAACAAAUCUAUCCAUACACGCACACUUGACAGUAAAAAUAAAAUUAAACCUAAGAUUGAGUUCAGUAAUUACGCAGAGUUCAAUGUUAAAUGGAUAGAGGGUGGGCUGGAUCCAGAAAGACAUAGAGAACAUAAGAGUUACCUCGAGGAGUUUUGUGAAAAAUACGAAAAUGUCCUGAAACUCGAGAUUAGACGUUCCAUAGAGUCGGCUGUAGAGAAAGAGAUGAUUCACCUGAAACCAAAGUUAAUGCAGAGGAUGUGUGAUAUGUUAACGAGGCAAGCAAAGAUGUGCCAAACACUGUGUAAGCAAUUCCAGGGUCAGAAUGAGCUACUCAGUAAACUACAGAGCUAUGUGGAGAAAGGAAGUGAAGUCAAUACUCCCUUCUUAUUGGCUGGACAGACUGGUAGUGGUAAAAGUACAAUGGCUGCAAUGCUAGCAGAUACCUGCCAUACAGUGACUGGCUGGGAUAAAUGUGCAGUUGUUUUGCGGUUCAUAAAUCUCUCACCAGAGACCGCCACUAUGGAGCAGGUAGCAAGAAGCAUUUGUGAACAACUUUAUAGACUAGCAGGGCUCAGCAUCUCAAAAGCUUCUAAAAGCCUUGAAGAACACAAGAGGACUCUACCCAGCCUACUUUCCAAAGCAAGCAGCUUUGUCCCAAUACUCAUCAUACUGGAUGGAUUAGACCAGGUACGUGACUAUGGCAGCGAUUCAAUCAACUGGAUCCCCAGUGAGUUACCUGAAAAUGUGCGUCUGGUCAUCACUUUGGAGUCAAGCUCUAACAUGCUUGCUAGCCUCAAGAAUCACCUUGGUAAAAACCUUCAGGAAGAGAAUGUGCCUAAUCUGAGCUCUGCUGCAUCCGUAGAAAUACUUGAUCGUGCACUUAAACUGAAGAAACGUAAACUGGUCCCAGAACAGCGUAAACUGAUCGAUAUAUUCCAAGAGGGCGGGAACCCUCUUCAUGCCACCAUGCUAGCAAACAUGGCAUGUAAACUCAACAGUUUUAUGCCACUUGAUGAGAUUAACGUGAAAAACAAUGUCAAAGAGCAAGUUGUUUGUUUCUUUGAUGAUCUCGAGCAACAGUAUGGAGUUGAAGCUAUCGGUGUAUUAAUAGGCUAUCUUACUGCUGCCAAAUUCGGACUGAGUGGUAUUGAAAUACGAGAUUUAUUAAGCUGUGAUCUACUUAUACAAACAAUGUACUCUGACGAAGGUCAGGGUCAUGCCCCCGAGCUCCUGUGGGCGCAGGUGCGCAACGAAAUACUCCCCUACCUACAUGACCGGCCUGUAGACAACAAAUGUCUCUAUACAUGGAAAUAUGCAAUUUUUAACCAGGUUGCCCAUCAGAGGUAUCUCAGUGAUGACUCCAAGUUAUCAAGCAUCCAUUCGGCUAUGCUUGAUUAUUUCACUGGGAAGAACAGUAAUGACAAUCAAAUGAUCCUCCCACAAGAGAUUAAGAUUAGCCAUAAUCUCUACAACACCAGACGUCUAGAGCUUGAACCGUACCAUGCUUUUUAUACUAACCAAGCAUCAUAUGCAGACAAAUAUAUGUUUAAUAUAGACUGGCUUCAUGAUAAGCUAAAGGCCUGUGAUACAUAUAGCGUCUUGGAGGACUUCAAGCUGGAACUAUCUCGUAAUCCUGACAACGCAGAUCUCAAAUGUCUCUAUGACAUCAUCCAAGUGUCUGCCCAUGCUCUAAAUAGUGAUGGCGCUCAGCUGCUUUCUCAGGUCUACACACGUACCAUGAACAACAAAGUGUCUGAUUACCCUCGGAUAAAGGCUUUGGUGAAUAUGGCCCUUAAACCCCCUCUCCCUAUUCUCCUCCCCACGCGAUACUGCCUCACCCCCACAGAUACCGACCAACCAUUCUUAACUGGGCUAUACAGAGUGAAAGGUGACAAAAACCACAUGGUGUCAUUACACGAGUCCACCCAGGAGCUUAAAGUUUGGGGGGUGGCUAACGAGGAUGUGGUACGAACAUUAACUGGGGUAACAGCCCCUCGUGAUUUUUGUGCUAUCGAUACACACACAGUGUGUAUAUUAUGUAAUAGAGAGCUUGUUGUGUACAACAUUGACGAAGGAACAUUUAUGUCAAAACUCAAGGGUGUUUUAAAUGUGAAGAUGCCGUACUAUGGGAUGCAUAACAUGGAUCAUGUAGUCUCGCUUUCACGCAACAGAAUGUACGUUAAUAUCAUGAAUAUUCAUACAGGAGACAUGGCAGCUACGUUCAAGGUCGGUGAGGACCGGUUCCUCAAUAGUCUCAAUGUUAGUGGUAAUGGGCAGUUCUGUGUGUGUGGAGACGAGACCCAGAAACCUUUCCCACUCCUAGUCUGGAAUUUGAAUGACAGGAAGUUGAUCCAUGAUAUCCGUAUCCCUCAGCAUGAGUUUCUCACUCAGAUGUGUGGUAUCACUGCUGAUGGACAUUUUGUUGUCUGCGUUGCCAAGGAACUUGAUGAUCUGAGUCCCAACUUCAUAGUUGUGUACGACUUGACAACAGGCCAGCUGUUUAAGAAGUGGAAGCCAGAAUGCGAUACAACGUGCGUUGCAAUACAUGGGAAAGCCAACUUUAUUGUUAAUGCAGUAAAGAAUGGUGACGUCAUGGUCUGGGAUAUGGUCUCUGGGGUUUGUCUACACCACAUGCUAGGGGGCCAUAGUGGAGGACCUGAUAAGAUCUUCUUAUCUGAUAAUGGACUGCGAGCUGUCACUUAUGAUUCCACAGGUGCAGACAUGAGUGUUCAUCUAUGGGACCUUGAAAAAGGUGUGUCCCUUGGUGCAUUCACAUCUGAUGACACCGUCACAGCCUGUCAGAUCACUGCAGAUGGCAGCAAGGUUGUCAUUGCAAUCCCUGGCAACGAGAACAUCAUUGUGCUUGAGUCAUUCACUCAAGAUGGACCCCUUAGAACCACAAUUGAAGAAACAGUAUUUGGUGAUGCAUCUAGGAAGGGACUCGUUUUCGAUACCACAGAAAAUCAAUGAGAUUAGCAUGGAUUCUGAUAAAUGUACAAGUGGCAGAAAUAUCACUAUAAGCUCAUAUCUUAGGAAACCAGUACUUUAAAUGGUACAGAGGGAGAUUAAGCAACAGAUGAAUCGUUAAAUGAAUCAAACAAAGGAUUAUUUUAUUUCAUUUGUCUUAGUUGAAGAAUCUUGAAAUCAAUUAGAAAGAUUUCAACCCUUUUCUGGAAAUAAUUGUUUUCAUGUGUAUUGAAAAAAAGUAUAUUCUCCUCGCGUAAUUCUAUUUUAUUUUACCAUGUCAUUGUGGUCUCAUUUUAUGCAUUAAGUGAUUCUAUGUUACUAUGGUAGUUCUGAACUCAUAUUGUGCGUUGAGUGAUUCUGUGUUAUCAUGGUGAUAGUGAACUCAUAUUGAGCAUUGGGUGAUUCAAUGUUAUGAUGGUGAACUCAAACUGCAUGAAUCUCUGUUACCAUGGUGAUUUGAAAUUCCCCAUGUAUCAUAUUACCAUAGCGAUUGUAAAUCAUCUUGUGUAUAUUACCGUGAUAAUUUUUAUCAUGCUUCAAUCAGUUGUCAAUAUUUUAGAAUAGCAUACAGUACAAUUACACAUUCACCUGGCAUCAGAUAUUAUGACUUAAGUAGACUGCUGUUUUCUAUACAACAAAACCAGUUGCUAGGCUUAUGUUAAGUUGUACUUCAUCACACAUAUAAAGUUAUAUAACCAAUGAUGUAGAUGAUGCUGCUCUGUAUGACUACAGCAGGGAUACAUGUUAUAUGUACAAUGUAAUGUGGAAGUUAAAGCAUAUCAGUUACUUCAAAUCCUUUGUACUGUCCAGUGUCCAUGUUUGUCUGACUUUUUAACUGCUUUGAUGAAUAUAGAGAAAUUACCAUGAAAUGAGUUUUAUAUAUUAUCAUAUAUCCGCUAUUACAUAGCUUUAUAUUUUCUCCCAUUAAUGUGUAGAAGCUAACUGGGCUCAAAUAGAGAAUGGAUACCCAGCAUGUACAUCCAAGUUCAUUCUCUGAUAUCACUUGAUUUGAUUUCGAGGUAGUGAUUAUUUCUUUUGUCUCAAAUAUUAUUUUUGUUCAUUUCCAUCAUUGAAUUCUGAUUAUGUUAAAUUUUAAUUUUAACUUAUCUAUUCAUUAAAGAAUUUUGAUUUGUUAGAUUUAAAAUUUUGUUUUAGUUCAGGUCUUUUAAAACGUCACAAGAUGUUUUGUGUCAGAGUUUUGUAAAUAUUUUUUUUCCGGAUUUUUGAAACAUGUACAAAUCAAAACUGAGUGCAAUGACCUUGUUAAUGCAGUUGUAUAUAAAAAUGCAUGCAAGAUUGGUCCAAAGAUUUUACAUUAUGUACAUAGAUAUAGAACCAAUAUUAGUCAGGUUGAUCAAAGUUGGAAUCCAGAUCUCAGAAAGAAGCCAAAUGUACCAUGCUUAAGUACAGAAAAACCUGUGUAAGUGGAACACCCUUGGGACCACUAAAAAGGUGUUCCACUU